AAGGCGCCUCCGAAGGGGCCGCGUAGCUGGAGCGACCAAGCGGUGCCAGGCCAGGUGUGCGCGUCCGUUGGUCCUUCCGUGCCCGCGCCGGAGACCAGCCCCGGAGGCCGCCGGGCUCGUCCCUGUGCCCGGCACCAUGAAGCAGGAGUCCACAGCCCAGAACACCCCUCCCGCCUCGCCGCCCACUUCGUCACCGGUGCAGCACCCCCGGGAUGACGGUGACCCUCAAGCCCUGUGGAUUUUCGGGUACGGCUCUCUCGUGUGGAGACCCGACUUCGCCUACAGUGACAGCCGUGUGGGUUUCGUGCGCGGCUAUAGCCGCCGCUUCUGGCAGGGAGACACCUUCCAUCGGGGCAGCGACAAGAUGCCUGGCCGUGUGGUGACCCUACUUGAAGAUCAUGAGGGCUGCACUUGGGGUGUGGCAUACCAGGUUCAAGGUGAGCAGGUGAGCGAAGCCCUGAAGUACCUGAAUGUGCGGGAGGCAGUGCUUGGUGGCUAUGAUACCAAGGAAGUCACCUUCUACCCCCAAGAUAACCCUGACCAACCACUCAAGGCAUUGGCUUAUGUGGCCACCCCACAAAAUCCUGGUUACCUGGGCCCUGCGCCUGAAGAGGCCAUUGCAACUCAGAUCCUGGCCUGUCGCGGCUUCUCUGGUCACAACCUCGAGUACUUGCUACGCCUGGCAGACUUCAUGCAGCUCUGUGGGCCCCAGGCACAGGAUGAGCACCUGGCAGCCAUCGUGGACGCUGUGGGCACCAUGCUGCCCUGUUUCUGCCCCACUGAGCAGGCUUUGGCACUGGUCUGAGGGGUUGAUCCCCUACAGGGAGUGCCCACGUAGACAUGGGGCCACAUCCCUACUCCUGUGGCACACAGUGGACUUGAUACAGCUGGAGGUCACUGAGAGGACUUGGUGGGUGGCUGGGAGCUUCUCUCCCUAAGCCCCUGCCUAUCCCAGCAGUCUCCAGUUCUCCUGCCUGACACUGACUUAUUACUUGAAACUAUUUAUUGCACCAUGUUGGUGUAGUGGGCAGGGUGGGGGGCCUGCCCUGGACAUAGGGGCCCUGCUGAGCGGUGCCUGACUAGAUUCCCCCCAGUGCUGCUGCUAACCCCAUACCGCCCAGGCCACUGGCUCCCCAUCCCCAGACCAACUGUUCCUAGCCCCGGAAAUAUACCACCUGUGAAAAGUCCCAGCCUGCUGGUAAGGGACAGGAGGGAUUGAAGAGAAGGGGGCCUUACAAGAACUGAGGCACCUGUGGGUCUUGCUCUUCCUCUUCCUCCCACAUUCCUAGGGCAGAACUGGAUCUGGAGCCCAGGCACAGUUGCCUGGGCCUCUUUUAGCCAUCUGGCUUUGUUUCCCUGUCCCUCUGUUUUCUUGUCUGUUGAGGCCUAUAGCUCCUCACUAAAGGCCUGGUACCUUCUCAGUCUGACCGAUACUGUUACCCAUAAACUGAUCUCUUAUUA